GAACGGACUCUCUCAUUUUCCCAAAAGAGACAUUGAGUCUUGGUCUCUUCCUUCUCUACCAAGCUUUACUCUUUCAGUCUCAGAAGUCAUGGAAACCCUGACGGAGCAAACCGACGUCCACGUCAUCCUCUCCGAGCAGCGCAGGGAGCUCUUGGCCGCCAAAACUCUAGACGCCGACCUCGACUUGGCCUUCAAUCUACAAAUGCAAGAAGCCAUAACCGCCUCUCUGGCGCUCAAUCCAUCACCGAGUACUUCGCAGUCUCCUCCUCCGUCGCAGCCGUACGAGCCAAACGACGACGUGUUGGACAUCGUCGCCACGCUACUGCUGGAGGACGUGGAGAGGUUCUCGCAGGAGUACGAGGACCACGAGCGCAGCGUUUUGGAGGCGAGGAGGGCGAAGGAGGAUCUGGACCGUCGGAUUCACGACCAGAAGUUCGCGAUCGACGUCCGUGACUUGCCGGAGGAAUACUGGAGGAAUCACGGGGACGUGUACGAACGGCCGUUCUGUACGGACGGGGCGUCGUCGUCGUCGGGAAAAGCUGCGGCGGAGACAGAGUGUUUGAGAUUGUACUGCAAGGGUUUGAUUAGUGAAGAGGUUGUGAAGAAUGUGAAAAUGGCGGUGGGCGGGAUUGGGGUUGCGAUCUGUGACCCUAGAGAUAAUCUGGUUUUCGAGGUGAAGAAGAAUAUGGAGGCGGUGGUUGAUGGUGAGAGACUGAGCGAUGAGGCUGCGGAGCUUGAGGCUCUGGUUGAAGGGCUUAAUAAAGCUCUAACUAUGGACUUGAAGAAUGUCACAUUUUUCUGUGAUGAUAACAAGCUUUACCAAUAUUUUACAAACAGAGUGGUUCCUGGAAACAGCAAGAUUGCAACACUAGUCAACCAAGUUGCUCUUCUACAAAAAGAAUUUGAAUCCUGCAGCCCUUCACUUGUGGCACGUGGUGAUAUUAAGUUUGCAUUUAAAUUUGCAAGAGAGGCUAUAGUUUCUCAGAUCACCUGGCAAGCAGAAACUAGCAAUGGCAAGUCUUUGAAGGAGACUUGUGUCAUAUGUUAUGAAGAAACUGAUGUUGCUCGAAUGUUUUCAAUCGAUGGUUGUCUGCACAGGUAUUGCAUUUCUUGUAUGAAACAGCACGUGGAAGUAAGGUUGCUUAAUGGGAUGGUGGCACAUUGUCCUCAUGAAGGCUGCAAAUCCGAAGUGAAUAUUGAUAGCUAUGAGAAUUUCUUCUUGGCACCUAAACUAGUUGAGGUUAUGAACCAACGAAUCAAGGAGUCUUCUAUUCAUGUUACAGACAGAGUCUAUUGCCAAUAUCCCAAGUGUUCUGCAUUAAUGUCCAAGAAGGAGAUCUUAGAAUAUACCAAAACUUCUUAUGGUGGUGCUGAAGAAUCUGGAGCCAGAAAAUGCAUGAAAUGCCACUACUAUUUUUGUAUCAAGUGCUUGGUUCCUUGGCAUUUUGAAUUGACCUGUGAUGAGUACCAAACGUCACACAAUUUCCCUAAAGAACAUCAAAUGCUGAAGUCACUGGCUACAAAGAGACUCUGGCGGCAGUGUGUUAAGUGCAACCACAUGGUUGAACUUGCACAAGGUUGUUACCACAUUACUUGCAGAUGUGGAUAUCAGUUUUGCUACACUUGUGGAGCUGAAUGGAAGGACAGGAAACCUUGUUCCUGCCCACUCUGGGACGAGCAGUACAUACUUACAACAUAAGCGGCCACAAUGAUGAUCAGAAUUACCAUGACCGUUGUUAUAUUAGUGGGAUCAAGACUACUCUAAAAAUAGUCAUCUUUUGCGUUCUCCUCCUUUUGGUUUCUUUUUUUCUAUGGAAAAUGGUGGAGUGGGAAGGGUGUUCAAAGGACAUACGGUGCUAAAAUUAUAAUGUUGGCCAGCAGCCUUAUGUAGUUAUGUUAAACUUCUUUUGCUACAUUAGUUGGUUUCUUUGAAGACCAAGGUUUUUCU